AUGUUUGAUGUCCCAGCGCACAAUUCGUACUACUUUGACCCCGACAAUAUAUGCUACGCAUCUAACCUGUGGCCGGCCCCGACCUUCAAUCCCGCACCCAAUCCCAGCGUGAACAUUUUCUCCUCAAGCGUCAAGGUCAAGGCAUUCACGUUACCAGCUGCUGUGAUAAACAACUUCUGGAUCACUGACUUCCACCUUGGACAAAACUUCAAGGUGCAAUACAUCGCUGCCUGUUCAGCAUACUUCACUUUCAGCCUCAAAGUCGGGAAAAAGACGAACUUGGGGGUUGUUCACUCCGAUAAUAACCGGAAAUUAUUUGUUUCAGUUCCGGAUAUUUCUUCGUUCACUGUUGAUAACGUAUAUCUGCACCAAUCCUUCGAUUUGUACUUCACUGCCGUAUGCCCUGACGCAUACUGCUAUGGUAUCAGCGUGAAUGACGUCAGCAUUCAAUACCCAGUGACAACGGAUACCACUGUUACUUAUGAUGUACCGCCCUGCACUGACUUGACGUUCACCCUCUAUGCCAAGAACUGCACCGAUGAAUCCGACACCGGAUACUCAACGAGCUUGUGGCCGUAUCACACAGAUCCAGUUCCAGAUAUUACUUCGUUCACUGUAGAUAACGUAAAUCUGGCCCAAUCCUUCGAUGUUCACUUCACCGCCACGUGCCCUGACGCGUACUGCUUUGAAAUCAGCGUGAAUGACGUCAGCAUUCAAUACCCAGUGACAACGGAUACCACUGUUACUUAUGAUGUACCGCUCUGCAGUAGCUCGACGUUCACCCUCGAUGUAAAGAACUGCGCCGAUGAAUCCUACGCCGGAUCCCCAUCGAGUUUGCCGUCUUACCCUACUGCAGGACAAGUGGAUGGCUUGAACAUAUUCCCGUACCGUCCCCUGGGCAGUUGCUACGCCUACAGCUCUCGCCUCACCACACAAAGCGAUGCCAAAAUACGGUGCACCAGAAACCGCUUGAAACUCCUCGACUCCAGAAACAACCUUAUUGGCUAUCAGUUCUUUGGGAGACUUGUCAAGGCUUGGGUUGAUCUGAGUUAUAAUGGAGUAAGCUGGACCUGGGGGGACGGGUCUACGCUCCUCUCGAACGAUGCGCUCUUGGAACCAGGCUACCCUUCACUGCCUACCAUAAGGCAGUGCGCGUUCCUCGUCACGAACACCAAGCGGCUGCGCAACGGCGCCUGCACAUCAAAUCUGGCCGCAACUUUGUGCAUUCAAUGAAUUGUUGCAAUUUCGACCCCGUGAAAAAGAUGGUUAAUGAGAGGGACAUAAAUAUCGGCGAAUUAAUCAGCGUACAAAAUUUUUUCGGAAGACGUUAUAUUCUUCUCAGAAAUAAUCAUCUGGAAGUGGUUCAACUGGCUUUUCUAAAUGAUCACCAAAAAAUGUUUCAACAGGCUAUCAAGAAAUUAGAACCUAAAAGCUUUAACGAACCCCUGUAUAGCCUCAUCGGCAACACGUAGCUUGGCUAGGCAGCGAAUGGUCAAAAUUUUAUUGAAGCAAUAAAGCUUCCAGCUUUUUCCCUGUGUGAAUUGCACUGCAAUGAUCAAGCAGGGAGGUGAAAAUGAAUGCAAUAAGUAUCGAUAUAUUGGGACGCUAGCUAAUCGGACCUCUGAAUAGUCGAACUACUGGAUGACUGGACCGCUGACUGAUUGGACCACUGACUAUGAGGACUGCUGACUAAUUGAACGUUUAUGUAUUCCUUAUUAAUAGUUGCUCCCUGAAUAAUUUGUAUUAACCACUCUUCAUAAUAAUUUUUAUUAUACUUGCUUCAGACAAUUUUCUAUUAAACUUGCUUCAGAAUAAUUUUAU